CAAUCAGCCGGAAGGUUGCUGGGGCAGCCCACGGGGGCGGGGUCACUGAGCCGCUCCAGCUGAGCCGGGAGGCGCCCGAGUCCUUCGGCCCCGGCUUCUCUGUGGCUUGCUCCCUGCCCCUGUGCCUGCCGACCCCGUUUCCCUGUGCCUGGAGCGCACGGCAGCCCGACAUCUCCACGCCCAUGGCCGCUAGCCGGAGGGAGUCGUCCCCUUUCGGCUCCACUUCCACGUCCAGCCGCGACACGGACGACGAGGGCGUGCGCGGCACCUGCGAGGAUGCUUCUGUGUGCAAGAGGUAUGCAGUAAGCGUUGGCUACUGGCACGACCCCUACAUCGAGCACCUCGUGAGACCGUGUAAAGAGAGGAAGGCCCCUGAGAUUAACAGAGGCUAUUUUGCUCGAGUCCAGGGUGUCAGCCAGCUUACAAAAGCUUUCCUCCGGAAGACAGAGUGUCGCUGUCAGAUUCUCAACCUCGGGGCUGGGAUGGAUACCACCUUCUGGAAGUUAAAGGAUGAAGAUCUUCUCCCAAGCAAAUACUUUGAAGUUGACUUCCCAACGAUAGUCAGGAGAAAGCUCCACAACAUCAAAAACAAGCCCGCUCUAGCCAAGCCCAUCGCAGAGCUGCACUCAGAGGACACACUUCGCAUGGAUGGGCAUGUGCUGGAUUCAGAGAGAUACGCCAUUAUUGGAGCUGAUCUCCGAGAACUACCUGAACUGGAAGAGAAACUAAAGAAAUGUAACAUGAAUACACAGUUGCCAACACUCCUGAUCACCGAGUGUGUGCUGGUUUACAUGACUCCGGAGCAGUCUGCAAACCUCAUAAAGUGGGCGGCCAGCAGUUUCGAGACCGCCAUGUUCAUAAACUAUGAGCAGGUCAACAUGGAUGAUCGGUUUGGGCAGAUCAUGAUCGAAAACCUUUGGAGACGACAGUGUCACCUGGCGGGAGUGGAGACCUGCAAGUCGUUAGAGUCUCAGAAUAGAAUCCCUCGAAUUCCUGGACGAAAUGGAGCUUCUGGAGCAGCUCAUGCGUCAUUACUGCCUGUGCUGGGCGACCAGAGGGGGACAGGAGCUUGGCCUGAAGGAGAUAACUUGUUGAUCUGCGAGUCUCCUCCCCAGCCGGAAGCGGAAGGAUCCAGCCUCCCGAGGACACUACGGAGCUUCCAGAGAUGGGUCGGCGGGUCUCCUGGUCUCUCCCCACACUCGGGGAAACCGCAGUUCCGAAGGUGGCUGCACCCGUCCGCUCCUGUUCACCUGUUGUUGUUUCAAUAAAUCUCACUUGCCAGUU